CCUGGAAGUAGGUGUUACAUACAUACACAUCUCUAAAAAGCAUCUUCACCAAGUUUUAAAAUUACCAUGCCAAAAGAGACAUUUGUCCUGCUUCUGAUUCUUCUGGGUGCAUGUAGGACAGAUGCCAAAAUGGACAUCAUCACCAGCAAGCAAGAUAUUCAAGUUGGAGAUGAACUUUUAUUAUUGUGUAAAGCCGGUGGAGAAGGAGAUAUAACUUGGCAAAAGAAUGGUGAGGAGAUUGACAAAGAGAUGAUAUCAAAGAUGGACGAGUCCACCUCCAAACUGGUCAUCAAGAGCACCACAAUGGAGGAUGAAGGAAGGUACACCUGCCUGUGUGAAUUUGACAGUGGCCACACGGAUGAAGUUCAGACACAGAUUUACAUUUAUGAGGGACCAACAUUUGAAAUGACCCCCACCUAUCACGAGUUUUUGGAGGGUACAGAUGAGGAGGUAGUGCCAUGUCGGGUGUCUGGCCAGCCGGCAGUUGAAGUCACCUGGAUAUACGACAAAGAGGCCAUGUUGUCUGAUGGAAAUAAUGUGCAAAUAUUGCCUGAUAACACGCUUGUGAUUAAGAAAGUGAAGCGACAGGAUGCCAGGACAUUCAUCUGCCAGGCACAGAUCAAAGGGAGGCCCAUAUAUAAGCAGCUUUCCAUAUCUGUUGUUGUCAAUGCUCCUCCUACUGUGCGUCUUAAAGAGAAAGUGAAGAAAGUCAUAGCGGGACCAGAAACCAAUGUUUCCUUGCUGUGUUUGGUCGAAGGACAACCCAAACCUAAAAUCACCUGGAAUAUGCCAGCAUUGUAUGACCCCACACAUCACAAGUUCAACUCUGACCGUAGCCAACUGACCCUCAGCUCAGUUGUCAGGGCUGACCACGGAGAGUACACCUGCAACGCAACCAACAAGAUCAGCGGUAGCAGCGCUACCGUUAUGCUUCACGUCUUUGAGGCCCCGGAGGUGUCUUUGACUGUAGAGCAGCGGAAUGUCAGCGUGGGCGAGAGCGUGGCUGUGGCCUGCAAUGUCUCCGGCUUUCCUCAGCCUGACCUGUACUGGAUCAACAAGUGCAAUGGACAAACACUGGACUCGGCUUCCGGUCGAAUUCGGAGUGAGGGCGGUGUUUUAGUGAUUGAUGAAAUAGCACCUUCGGAUGGUGGUCUGUAUUCCUGCAUUGCUGUUGGCAUCAUUGGAAAUGCAUCAAGAGACGUUGCGAUUCACACCCCGCCUGGUCCCCCUCUGUACCUGUCAGUCUCGUCUGGACCUGCAUCAAUCUUCUUCUCCCUGAAAAGCCUACCCGUCAGUGGGGGAACACCAAUUACAAAGUUCGUCCUGCAGUGGACACAAAAUGCAGCCGAGCAAUGGCAAGAGGUUACAGUCCAGUCAGAUAACCUGGCUGUGACCUCCCUCAUGCCGUACACAUUAUACACUGUUCGUUUGGCUGCCUUGAACACGGCAGGACGGGGCCAAUUCUCAGACGCAUAUACCGUCCGAACCCAAGGAAUACGAGGUGAACCAGACAGUCCCGAUUUGGUCCGUGAUGAGAUGAAAGUAGGGGGCAACACCUUCUUUAUGCCCCUCAAGCACACUGAUGAUGGCGGGUCACCUCUCCUACAUUACAAUCUCCGAUAUCGCGAGGAUAAAAAUGGGGCUUUGUGGAAAGAAAAGAAGCUUUCAUCCAACAGCGACUCUGUAACCCUGGUGGACCUGACCUUUGGCUCUGACUAUCAACUGGAAGUCAUAGCAGUCAAUGCUAAUGGUUCCUCUCUCCCUGCAACAUUCAACUUCACCAUUGCAGAGAAACCUGUCCGUAACAGCAUGACGAAAGGAACCGUGGUUGGCAUUGUCAUAGUGAUCUUCCUGGUGAUUUUCUUUGUGGUGGAUGCAACUUGCUGCUACAGAAACCGAUGUGGCCUGCUCAUGUCUAUCGCCGUUAAACUUUUUGGACAGAAGGUUCCUGGCAUCAAAGAAGGAGAGGAGGGCACUAACGGGGAAGUUAAGAUGAAUGGCAUGUCCACUCCAAGAGCUGACCGGCACCAUCCGGGAGUUCAGACACUUACAGAGGUCACCUGUGACAAAGCCUCUCUCACAAAACAUGAGAAAAUUCAAUCUAACAGAAAUCUACAAGUGCAGGAGGGGAAUGUCUAGAAAAAACAAAAGAUGAACAAAAAUAUGGACUGUACAUUUUUAAGAGAAGAGAACAAUUGAAGUAUAAAUUUAAAAAUGUAUUUCCCUCACAUCUCUGUGCUGCUGAGGACAGCAUGCAUGUUGAGCAUCUCCUGACGUCCCAUCUUCUUCUCAAAAUGAACCUGCUGACCGAAUUGAUGAAGCCAGAAGGGGACAACAAGCGAUAUACAGUUUUACAUCAUCGUGUCACGUUAUUGGUCAUCUACUGGCUCAAUUGCUUUCAUGCUGAGGGUUAUCCUGAGAUGGGUCUUUUACAGGGUAUUGGUGUUUGUAAUUUAUUCUUGACUUGUCAGUGUUCUCAAACAGACAUGCAUUUUGUAUAAUUUGAACGUUUGAAACAGACAAAGAUGUGUUCAUUCCUAAUAGGAUCCAAUGCAGCUGUUUAACAUUAAAAGUGGCUGCACACUGGAAAAGUCAAGGGGUCAGGAUUACUCCAGGUUCGAUUCUGGGCUCAGGCCAUCCUGUGUUGCUUUUCCAUGCUGUCUUCCACUGCUUGCAUGGGUCUCUCCAGGCACUCGUCCCACAAUCCCCAUAUCAUACAUGUUGGUUUCAGUUACUGUCUCUAAACUGCCUGACGGUGUGAACGGUUGUAUGCGUAUCAGUGGCCUGCCAUUGGCAAGCGGCCAGUUCUAGGUGAAUCAGUCCGAAGUGGGCCACUUGCUCAAAGUCAGCUGGGAUAGGCUUGUAGGACAAGCACGAUAGAAAAAUGAUGGAUGCCUAUCUCUGUGAACAUUAUUUACAUUUUGCUUUGUUAUUACAUUUUUAAUAAAUAUUUUUACGAGGCUCCUAUACUGAUUUUAAUGUUGACCUUUCACAAGCAACUCAGGCCUUUGCACAUUUAGCACUGUUCUGAUCAAACAGUACUGUGCAUACAAGAUGUAAAGCAAUAAGAGCUUAUAUUGCAUAGUAGCUCAUAGUCUACUUCGAGUCUGCCUAAUGAAUAAAUUCUAAUGCUGCAUUUUUACUUUAACAAAAAGUUAUGCUUGCAAAUCAUGUAAGCUUCUGAAUUGCUUUGUGGUUGUGAAUAUGUACGUUUUUACCUGAUUUAUAUCCACUAACAGUAUUAAGACCAUGUUUUGAAGUCACUCUUUAUAUUCAGUAGAGGAUAAUUAUUAUUAUUGUGCAAUUCAUGUAGAGCAAUUAUUACUAUUAUUAUUAUCAUUAUUAUUCUCAGAGAGUUCCGUGGCAUGAGGUGCCAUAAUGAACUUUGAAUGAGCAGUACAAGAGCGACAACACAGGAUUUAACACCCCUUGGUCCCCAUUCAUAGCUACACCUUUUAAACCUGUGAUUCACAUGGCCCUAAAAUGGCGAGUUGGGCCCAAUUCAGAUAUUUUCCCUUAGGAGUGUAGUCAUGUUUGUUGCCAGCAGUUGCGAUUUUAUGGUGAUGUGUUGAGUUGUUUAAGGGGAAACCAAAUUUACACUGCUAUAAAAGCUGCAUGAUGAUGACUUUAGAUUGUAACAAAGUGUAUUUUUUUAAAUUGUAAUAAUGUAUUUUCCCAAGAAAAGAUGAGCAUAAUAAAAGGC